UUCUUGUGCAUAUAUAAUCUGCAAAGAAAGAGAAGAGAAAAGAGAGGAGAGGAGAGGAGAGGAGAGAAGAGAAGAAAAGAAGAAAAGAGAAGAUAAGAUUAGAAGAGAGGGAGGAAUUCUGAAAAACAUAAUAAAAGAGAUGGGUCCUUCGCGGCGGUUACGUUGUUCUCUCUCCUUCCUUCUAUCCCUCGCCUUCGCCUCCGUCGCUACCGCAGCCCUCAACGUCACCACCAUCCCAUUCCAUGAAGGUUACAGUCCUCUUUUUGGUGAUUUCAACAUCCACCAUUCACCAAACGGCAAGAGCGUCAACCUUCACCUCGACCGAUACACCGGGUCUGGUUUCAUCUCUUCAAAUCUCUACAAUUACGGUUUCUUCAGUGCCAACAUUAAGCUUCCCUCUGAUUACACCGCCGGUGUUGUUGUUGCUUUCUACACGUCGAAUGCAGACGUUUUCUCGAAGACACAUGACGAGCUUGAUAUCGAGUUCUUAGGAAACAUACGUGGGAAAGAUUGGAGGUUUCAGACGAACGUGUACGGGAACGGGAGCACCUACAGAGGACGGGAGGAACGGUACUUCCUAUGGUUCGAUCCCACCCAGGAUUACCACCGCUACAGUAUCCUCUGGACCGAAAAGAACAUCAUCUUCUACGUUGAUGAAGUUCCCAUCAGGGAGGUGGUGCGCAGCGACGCCAUGGGUGGCGACUACCCGUCCAAGCCCAUGGCACUAUAUGCAACGAUAUGGGACGCGUCGACUUGGGCCACCUCCGGUGGCAAGUACAAGGUGAACUACAAGUAUGCACCCUUUGUUGCCGAGUUCAAAGACUUUGCCCUCCAAGGUUGCCCCGUUGACCCGAUCCAACAAGUUCCCAAUGCCGGAUGCUCUGAAAAGAUCUCUGAAUUGGAGGCGACCGAUUAUGCCGUCAUCACUCCGGCGAGACGUGCCGAGAUGAAGUUGUUCCAGCAAAAGUACAUGUACUACUCUUAUUGCUAUGAUACCCUCCGAUACCCAGUUCCCUUGCCGGAGUGUGUCGCCGACCCAGUGUUGAAACGAAGGUUCAAGAACACCGGGAGGGUGAAAUUCGGCGGUCACCACCAUCGUCAUUCAAAGAAGAGCCGGAAUCCCUCGUUGGCAGGUUCCGAGAACCAGGCUGAUAUGUAAUAUGAUUCAUGUGUAAAUGGGAUGUUGUUUAUGGUGUGUCUUAAUUUCAUUUUUCUUUUACGCUAUUUUUGAUGUUGCCAUAUACUGGAACUAAAUAUCAUUGUUGGGAAACCAGGUCUUGCCCGAGUCAAUACCUGAGAGCCUUGAAGACUCGCUCGGUAUUAAAUAAGACUCGGUUCAAGUUUUCCCAAGUCGUUUGUUACUACAUAGUUUUACCGAGUCGAACAAAACUAGUCGAGUUUGGCCAUUUCUUCUA